AUGAGGCCACGGUUACAGCGGCUCUUGUCGCUCUUCUUAGGCAUUCUCUCGUUAUUUCUAUCCCUCUCUGCGGCGCAGUUCCACGGCAGCGAUCGAGCCCAUACUCAACAGCGACCGCUAGGGACAUCAUCCAACAAAUGGGGGGCAACGGGGCGAGACGGAGAGCCACUAUGGAGGUCACGAUGGGGCAACGCAGAAGGAGGUGCAAAUCCACAUCAAGGCAUACUAGCGUUCGACGAGGCUAUGGCACUCCUCCUUAAGAUCAAACCGUUAACGGCGCCAUGGUGGAAUUUCGACAAGAAGUCUGGAGUACUCGGAGCCAGCGCAUACUACGCCAAGGAGAUCUUCUUUCUCCUUUUCAUGAAUGGACCGCCACAGCAAGAGCUCUUGACGACAAGCCCGUCGCCCAAGAAGCUAGGCCCACCCCUAUUGCAGGCCGUCAGACUGCUGGAAGAAGCGGCGGCGCAAAAGAACCCCGACGCUGUCUUCACUCUCGCUGAGCUGAACUUCUACGGCAACUACACACACCCGCGCAACUAUUCCGAAGCCUUUCGACGAUACCACGAGCUCGCGACGUUGACUGGAAAUGCCUCCGCCCAACACAUGGUCGGGUUCAUGUAUGCAACCGGCAUUGGUGGAGCGGUCAAGCAUGAUCAAGCAAAAGCUAUGCUGUACUACACGUUGGGCGCGGAAGGGGGAGAUGUGCGGUCUGAGAUGGCCGUCGCGUACCGCCAUUCUGCUGGCAUAUCCACACCUCGGAAUUGCGAGGAAGCUGUGUAUUUCUACAAAGAGGCGGCGAAGAAGGCAAUUGCAUACAUGCGAUCUGGUCCUCCAGGGGGGCACUCGAUGCCCAGGGAGUCUUUCAGAAUUGCCGACGAGGAGGGCGGCGUCUACGGCGAGGGUGCAAGUGCAAGCAGCUCAGGACAGAACGCCAAAUUGGGUAGCGUCCACUCAGAUGCCUUUUCCUCGCUCGAUGACGUGGUUGAAUACAUGGACCUACAGGCCAGGAAAGGAGACGCUAGGGCCAGCUUCAACCUGGCCAAAUUGAAUUACGACGGCGCCCGGACUUCGAAAAGAGACCUCCCGGCGGCGAAGAAGCGGUUCUUGGAACUUGCCCGCAUGCACUGGACCAAGGAUGGGAAGACUAGACCAAACGUCUCGCCUACCACCGAGAAACUGGCGUCCAAGGCUGCUGGAUACCUUGGUCGCAUGUUUCUCCGUGGCGAAGGCAUGCCACAGAGCUUCGACAUUGCGAAGACCUGGUUUAGGCGCGGUAUUGAGUACGGGGAUGCAUUGUCACAGUAUUCGAUGGGUGUUAUGUACCUAAGAGGACUCGGUGUACCUCAUGACCCCGUCAGGGCUGCAGAACUCUUUGGUGCUGCAGCGGACCAAGAUCUUGCAGUCGCUCAGGUCAGACUCGGCGCGCUCUUCCUUGAUCAAGGCGAUGUUCCGGUCGCUAUCAAGUAUUUCGAGUUGGCGGCUAGGCACGGACAUCUCGAGGCAUACUACUACCUGGCUGAGCUCACUCACAAUGGCGUCGGCCGCGAUAAGUCUUGUCCCGUCGCGGCUGCUUAUUACAAGAUUGUGGCCGAGAAAGCUGAACUCGUGUCGACGUCUUUUCCGGAAGCAAAUGAGGCAUACGUGAACGGCGAUCUUGAAACAGCGCUCGUUAGCUACAUGAUGGCAGCUGAGCAAGGAUUCGAAGUUGGGCAAGCAAACGUUGCAUAUCUGCUUGACCAAGCCAAGCCUCGGUUUACCUUAGGCUCACUGAUCCCAUUCAUGAGAAAGCAGGUGUCGCUAGCUGGCGAUGCCGUUUUAGCUCUUAUAUAUUGGACUCGUUCCGCCGAGCAGAAGAAUGUCGACUCGAUGGUCAAGAUGGGUGACUACUAUCUCCACGGACUCGGUACUUCUCCCGAUCGAGAGAAGGCAGCAGCAUGUUAUCAAGCAGCAGCCGAGACCAUGCAAAGCGCACAGGCUAUGUGGAAUCUGGGCUGGAUGCACGAGAAUGGCAUUGGUAUCGACCAGGACUUUCACCUUGCGAAACGACACUACGACUUGGCUCUUGAGACAAAUCCCCGCGAAGCGUAUCUGCCCGUGGUGCUAGCUCUAUACAAGCUACGCUUCCGAAGCUGGUGGAACACCAUCACGAACGGAAAGGUCAAGUCCAUUCAGAAAGAACCAGGUUCGUCGUCGUCUUUACCCUCAUCCGCUCCUUCCUCUCCCAAAUCAUCACUUGCUAAUAGUAUUCAUCUAGUCAUCAAGAAAGAAUGGACCCUCUCCGAGUGGCUAUCCGCCUUCCUUGAAGCCGAACUCGCCGGCUGGGACGACUACGAGCCUGAUGACUACGAAGACACGCACGUUGCCACUGACGACUACUACGGCGACGGUUACCACGGCGGUGAAGUUGACUCCGAUAUCAUCGAGUCUCUUAUAAUUCUGGCGUUGUCAGGUGCAUUGGCCUUCCUAUUGUACUAUCGGGCACAGAGGCAGAGGAGGCAGGAAGAGGAGCGGAUGCGGAGGGAACAGCAGCAGCAACAAUUGAACCAGGGAGUGCCCAUGGCACCAGUGCAGGUUCAGCAACAAGGCCAGGCACAGCAGGAUAGGGGGUUAUUUCCGAAUGCAAAUGACCCCGAGUUCAUGGAUUGGGUCGCUGGUGGAAUAGGGCACUGA